UGAAGGUGAACGGAAGAUCCAAAGGUCCAAACUUUUGACUAACACUAUAUAUAAAUAAAAAUAAUAAAAACCUCGGUUACAUUCGGAAGCAGAAGAGGUGUCGCGCGCACGCUCACUAGCCUGGGCCACACAUACGGGUCGCUUAGCUACCGCGGGCUUGUUGUUGGGAGGUGACGGCGCUGAUCUCCGCACGGUCAGUGGCUCCGCGUGAGUUUCUCUAUCUAUCUCUCCAUGUUCUCUCACAGAACACAGCCUCCGAUUUCUUCACCUGAUUUCACAGCGUGAAUUCAUAAGGACGUGCUCUCGGUCUCAGUCAGGAUGGACUUGGACUUGGGGGCCGGAGACGACAGCGGCGCCAGGCGGAAGAUGGACGCGGCGGGGGAUGCGGUGGAGAUCACCCCGCUGGAAAUGUACGAUUCGGCGAGGGCCAAGAUCGCGGCUAACCUGCACUGGCUGUUUGCUAAAGCUUACGGAAUCGAUCAUAUCCCAGAGGACAUGAGGGACCCCUUCUACACAGACCAGUAUGAGCAGGAGCACAUCAAGCCUCCAGUGAUCAGGCUGCUGUUGUCCUCUGAGCUCUAUUGUCGUGUGUGUGGCCUCAUUCUCAAAGGCGACCAGGCAGCUUCCCUUCAGUCCCAUCAGUCAGUCAUCCAUGCCCUGUCUCGCAAAGGCAUCUAUGUCAUGGAGGGAGAUGACACACCUGUUACAGAGGAUGACCUCAAGUGUCAACCAAUCAAAAUGAGCUCACAUAUGCCGAUGAUUGAUGCCCUGAUGAUGGCCUACACAGUGGAGAUGAUCAGCAUCGAGAAAGUGGUGACCUGUGUAAAGCGCUUCUCUACAUUUAGCGCCUCCAAAGAGCUUCCCUUUGACUUGGAGGACGCCAUGGUCUUCUGGAUUAACAAGGUAAACUUGAAAAUGAGGGAAAUCUCUGAAAAGGAAUGCAAAGUUAAGCAACACCUGCUGGACUCACCCAGUCACCAGAAGUCUCCCUCAAAGUGGUAUUGGAAGCUAGUACCUGUGCGCUAUAGACGAGAACACGCCUCUGGCCGUCAGCUUCCCCACUUUCCCCUGCUGGAGGAUCUAAUGAGGGAUGUGUGCGAUGGUGCUGCCCUACUGACUGUGGUUCACUACUACUGCCCAGACCUCAUGAAGCUUGAUGAUAUUUGCUUGAAGGAAGUGACCUCAAUAGCAGACAGCCUCUAUAAUAUCCAGCUAUUAAAGGAAUUUGCCAACGAAUACCUGAAUAAAUGCUUCUAUUUAACACUAGAAGACAUGUUGUAUUCACCUCUGGUGCUUAAACACAAUGUGAUGGUAUUCAUUGCUGAACUUUUUUGGUGGUUUGAGAUUGUGAAGCCUGAGUUUGUCCACCCAAGGGAUGUGCAGGAAGUGAAGGACGCAAGAGCAAUGACUCAGUCAAAGAGCUCCCGGCCCUCCGUGCCCAUCUCCAAUGCUACGAAGCGAAGCUUCCUCGUCUCACCCGGAAUGGCCGAUUCUGCACAUGCUGUUGCAAACAGCCCCGAAGUGUGUAACAGGUAUUUCCUGCACACUGAGGAAGCUGAUCCUUCUAACAAGGCGAAUUCCACCUUCAGCCCCUCACAUCCACUUUUACCAUUGAGACAGAGGCAGCAAAAAUCUCAGCAGGGAGAGGAUGCAUCAGGCUGUAGAAAUCGUUCUAAUUCACUGACGCAGGAAAGUCAUUCUCGAGGUUCUGUGGCCUGGUCAGAGAAAAGACAAAGACCACUAUCCCAGCUGAGUCGAUAUGUUCUUCACUGUGUCACGGACAGUGAUGCAGACUUGGCUUCCGGUGACAGUGCUAGCCUCACAUGCUCCAUCAGCGAGGACAGCCUGGCCUCGACUAUCACACCCAAACACCAGGGUCAUCCAAACCAGAGUGGCCCUCGACGAGUCAAUGGUCAUGGGCUUCUUGCAAAUGUUAACAUGGAUGAAGAUGAUAUGAUGACCGUUAUUCAGGAGGAGUCCUGUAAAAAUGAGGCUACAUUGUCAAACACUGAGGAUAUAAACCACCAGUGUACUACCUCUAGUGCUAAAACAAGCUCAUGGGGCAGACAGGAGGAAUCUGAUGCAGAUUCCAGAACAGCCAGUUUCUUCCUGGAGCCGCUAAUGCCGGCUGUCCUUAAACCAGCAAAAGAAAAGUCUAUAUACUUAAAUAAGGAGGAGGAGUCUGGAGAGGGACGGCAGCGUGGGGCAACUCGGAGGGGUGGUGCCGGAGAAGGUCCUAGCUCGUCAGCUAGGCGAAGGCCUCCACACAACCUUAAUCGGACCCUAAAUGCCAGCGCUAUCUCUGAUCUUGAGAUAGAUUCUGAACCCAAAUCCAAUGAGUCUGUGCCUCUAUCUGCUGGACAAACUCAAGAUUUCAGAUUACCAGUCACAAGCAGUGUCGAGUCCUCUGCUGACCAGUCUUCUGGGUUCUACCUGCAUUCCUCACUGGCUGAAGACAAGAGGCCUGUUCAGGCUUGGGGUGUACUGCCUGACGACAAUACAGAGACCGUGGAGACGAUUGAGGAUCAGGAUGCAGAGCUAACCAAGGAACUUCAUCCACCCAAGAGACCGUUUUUUGAAGAGGAUCAGGAAUCUGCAAAGCUUCAAGAGGAUAUGAGUGUAAAGGAGCAUGAGGAUAAGGAUGAAUGUAGUAGAUGCUCCAGUCCUGCUCUAAGUGUUCAGUCACCGGUCAGUAGUGUGGCCAGUGGCAGUGUGAGAAUGACGAGUUUUGCGGAGCGAAAGAUGCAGAGGUUCGGCAGCAAUCAGGACGUUCGCUCCAGCACCAGUAGCUCACAAAGGACAACACCAGAUGGUUCGGAGAUCUUCCCUUUUCCUCUCACCACAUGGAGGAUGAAACGGGACCAAAGUCCUACACAGCUUGGGCGGGAAAACAACAAUAUGCUAGCUUCAGAGCUUGUACAGUUGCACAUGCAGCUCGAAGAAAAGCGCCGUGCCAUCGAGAACGAGAAGAAGAAGAUGGAAGUCUUGUGUGCCAGGCAAAGACUCAAGCUUGGAAAAGCUGCCUUCCUGCACGUAGUAAAAAAAGGCAAGAGCGAUACUCUUCCUCAGUCUUUCAGAUUAGACCACUUGAAAAAUGGCCAAAAGCUUAAUGGAGAAAAAGAACAGUCAUCAAAAGAUGACUCCUGUCUUCAUUUAAUGAGGGAUAGGGAGAAAGGCACUGAGGAACCAGAGAAGGCCUCCCUUGAGUUGGGGAGUGCAGCUGCUAUACCACCUAGUGCCUUAGACGUAGAUGAGGAAAUGGACGUUAAUGAGUACAACCGCUCCAUGGAAAUUAUUAAUGAGACCAUCAGCAGCAUUCAGCAAGAGAUGAUGCAGUUGUCUCUACAGCAGGAUGCACUUAUGAAGGAAAACAAUCAGUCUCCUCAAGGUUCUGCCCCACCCCCUGUCGAUGAAAGAGGAAGCGUACAUGAACCAAAGGUUCGAGCAGCUAUUCAUUAUGUGGAGCCAAGCGGCAGUCCUGUAGUUCGUAAGCCCCCCAAGCUGACCUCCGCACGGGCCCGCUCCAAACCCUCAGAUUUAAAGCUGUCCAAGGACCAAAACAAAGGGAAGAACAUCUCUUCAACUCCCAUUGACAGUCCCAACGCAAGAGCAAGUCCAGGGGGCAGGACCCCCAAAGCUGAGCCUGAGACAGUCAAGCCAACUGAGACAACACUAACAUACCAUCUAAAUGAUGAAGCCAACUUGCGUACAGUCUCGACGGAACCGAGCUCUGUUGCACUCGGAGUGACUUUUGAUGAACCUAGUACAGUGCAGAAUCCUUUUGAAAUUUCGGACAUUACUUUUGGGUUUGAGGACAGCUCAAUAAACAAGGCCAGUCUAAUUGAGGUGGACUUGUCAGACACAGCCCAGCCAGAUGAAGGCAGUUCUAACGUAAUAGAAGUCCCCUCUGAUGUAGCGGAUGGAGAAAAAAAAGCUGGCAUGGACUUUUUUUCCUUCAAGGACGAGCAGAAGGCAGAGGACGAAAUGGCCAAAAAGCGUGCCGCAUUUCUCCUGAAACAACAGAAGAAGGCAGAGGAAGCUCGACUGCGAAAACAGCAGCUAGAGGUGGAAAUUGAGGUCAAGAGGGAUGAAGCCAGGAGAAAAGCUGAAGAGGAGCGGAUCAGAAAAGAAGAAGAGAAAGCCAGACGGGAGUUAAUAAAACAAGAGUACCUGAAAAGGAAACAGCAAGAGUUAUCUGAAGAGCAGGAACAACCUAAGCCUAAACCCAAACCCAAGCCCAAGAAGCAGAGACCAAAGUCUGUACUAAAGGAAGAGCUUUCAACCAACACGCAUCCAAAAUGUACUUCUGCUAAUGGGAACCUGGUCAGUGCUCAGUCUGGCUCUAAUCUCUCACUGGCCUCUGUGGCAGCUACUGAAGCUGACAGUGUAAACUCGGGAGGUGCGGGAUCUCAGCGGAGCAGGGAAUCUGUGGAGUCUUUUUCAGUCCUCAGUCGGACAACAGAGCACGACUGGGACAACGGUUCUACUGCAUCUUCCAUUACAUCAACGUCUAUGGCGGAAUAUACUGGGCCUAAACUUUUCAAGGAACCAAGUGCAAAGUCUAAUAAGCCGAUAAUCCACAAUGCCAUCUCUCACUGCUGUUUGGCUGGAAAAGUAAAUGAGCCCCAGAAGAACUCAAUUCUUGAGGAGAUCGAGAAGAGCGAGUCGAACCAUUUAAUGAUUCUCUUUCGUGAUGGUGGCUGCCAGUUCCGUGCGCUCUACUCAUACUUUCCUGACACGGAGGAGAUCCACAAACUCACUGGCACGGGGCCUAAAAGCAUCACGAAGAAGAUGAUCGAUAAGCUCUACAAGUACAGUUCAGACCGCAAGCAGUUCACGAUCAUCCCUGCCAAAACUGUUUCUGUCAGUGUGGACGCCCUGACCAUUCAUAAUCACCUCUGGCAGGUCAAGAGGCCUGCUGCGCCAAAAAAGAGUGUAAAGUGAAGCUAUUGGGAACAGUAAUCAAGGGACGCUCUUGUAUCUACUCAACGCUUGGAAAGACCACAAAGAUGUCCACAACCAACUUCUCUUCUUGUUUUGUAAUGCAUCGAGAGCAGCUGUGUAUGAGUGAAUGUCUGGACAGUCAACAUACACCUUGUUUGAUCAGUUCAUGGUGGAGGUUUUUGUUCUGUACCUGAAGCCUGUGGCAUUUUUAUUGAUUGAGUUCUUGUUACUUGAAAUACAUGUUCAGUUUGGCAAGCUCAUGCACAGCAGAGUUUUCCUUUCUGAUCAGAUGAUUUUUGUCCUGACUGUAAAAUACAGACAUUGAGACAGCUGAAAAUAAGAUCAAAAUAAGGUCUGCUUCUUAUAAAGAUCAUAGCCCAAAUUCAUGUAAAGUAUUUGCCAGACAUUGUUCCUUUCUUUUUUUUUUUUUUUUUUUUUUUUUUUUUUUAUAACAUGCUGCUUUGAACUGUCCUCUCUGUGUCUCUGUAUGACAAUCCCAGUCAUACACCUUGUUGGCCUUCAUGCAUCGUGGUGUCUAUUUAUUCAGCGCUAAACAGGCAAAUCAGCUGUAGCACUGCUGUAUAGAACUACGAUGGACCUUUUUAAAUAUGGAAUGAAAUAGGCUUUAGUACAUGUCUCAGAUGCUCCUCUGUUUUGUUACUUUACUGCUACAGGUAGUGAUUUCUCCACUGGACAGCUGCGUCCUUUCAAAUGAUGCACUCAUGAUCAUGUUUUACUGCUUUUAUCAUGCAAUGUAACCACGAGUGAUGUCUCUUAAGCUUUGUUUCUCAAUGCAAAAGAGCAGCAUGCUCUAUUAUGAAGAGUGUCGCUGUAGUUUGAAUGACAGUAUUUAAUAUAUUCAUAAUCGGUUACUUCCUCUGCAGUUGCUGUCUAAUUAUUUACCCAUUGUUUAAAAACAUUCCUUGGAGAUGGGGGGGGGAAUGGUGUCAACACUGCCGUAUCCUUUUUUAAAUACUUGCGGAGUUUGGGGGUUAAAAUCGAAAUAGUGUUGCACAUGCACUUUACUUCUUUACGAAAGGUGAAGAGUUAGGAAUUGAAGGGGCACAAGAUUUGUGCUCAAAAGCAUUGGCACUAAACUGCUUAUUACACUAAGUUCUUUAAACAGACACUAAUAUUUAAUUCAGACAAGCAAAACUAAUGGCCCAAUGAAAGCUCUUAAAACUACUGCUUUCCAGAGGGUAUACUACAGACUUCGGUUCGUAUAGGUUGUUGCAUUUGUUAACUUUUAAAUUAAAAUUGUUUUGUAUAUUAUGUCUGUUUAUAUGUUCUCUAAAUCUUGUACUUAUUUCGCUCACCGUUCUUUUAACAACACUGUACUUUUGGUCAUUUUACUCUCCCACCCUACCAUUAUUUAUUUUGAAACUGGCACUGAGAGUUGAAUAAAUUUUCAAUAAACUCUC